CAAAAAUCGAAAUUAUGUAUUGUAAUCAGAAAGGUUUCGCAAUUUUGUAUCGUAAUUAAGAAACUUUCACAAUUAACAAGCCUCACUUGACUGAAAGAGAUCGACAAACUGACAUCGAACCUACCUUUACACUCAAUGCUCAGGUUCAGAGAUGCUGCAGUUCCGACGGUGGCUGCGACGCACCCUCCUGCCGCUUGUGACGAUGAUGUGGUUCGCCACGAUGUUCCACAUCGACCACCAGCUAUUGUUGGUCUCCACCAGGAGCAAGGGUCGUCCCUGGGGUGGUCUGCCACAACCGCCACCGGAGGCUUCAAGUAACCAGGAAAGCUUAGCCUGGAGAAGCGGGUACCAGGAGCCCUUGCAGGCUGUCGGAGAGGUAGUAAGUGAUCAAGUGCUGGAGGAAGAGAGAGUGGCGCCAGGCGACAGUGUCACGGGCGGGACGCCGCAGGAUGCCAGACGAAGGACUCCUGACUUGGACGGUUUACUACUUAGUGGAGAAGGACGUGGUUGGGAAGACGGUGAACGCGAGACGGAGGGAGCCUCUGAUUCACUUGAUUUGUUGAAGAAGUUAAAGGCUGCUCUAUGGCAAGAACUCGCAUAUUCUGCUACAGUUACACUGACGGAGAGGAAGGCGCCAAAUAUGUCGGCAGCAGAAGGGCUAAACAUGUCGUUGGAAAAAGAAGCAAAAAUAUCUGAAGAAAUGUCUAAAAUAACCGCAGAGAAAUCGGAAAAGUCAACACACCAGCAACAAAUAUCAACACAGUAUUCCAGAAUACUUGCAGAUGAGUCAAUAGCGAGAACACCGGAGUCAAUAAAACCAGAAGCUGAACAAAAGGUGUUAGAAGAAGCAUCACAAAGUGCAGUACAAGAAAAGGAAUCAGAAAUACCAACACAAAUUUCAGCAGAGGAACCAAAAAUAUCAUUAGAACGAAAAAUACCGACAUCUCUGGCGAACUUUAAACCAGCUUCCCUCAUUACACAAACACCUGGGCAGGCAAGCAACAUACGGCUCACCCACGAGGUCGACCCGCUGGAAGUGUCGCUGACUGAAGAGGAAGUCGCCAGCGUGAAGGAACAGAUCAAACAAGUUAACGAUGACCAAGAGAUCCUUAACCAGCAUAUAUUUGGUCCGGUUGUUCCCAACACUUCUGUUCUCUUGGUGCAGGUCCACAAGCGGCUUGAGAACCUGCACUACCUGGUGGAGUCUAUGUCAGCGGUGGAGGGCAUCAACAAGAGCCUGGUCAUCUUCAGCCACGACCUGUGGGACCCUGCUAUCAACGCCUUCGUCAGGAACAUCACCAACUUUCGCGUCAUGCAAAUGUUCUUCCCGUUUUCUCUCCAGCUUCACGCCCGGACUUUUCCCGGAAAUGACCCAGCCGACUGUGCAUGGAAUUCUUCCAGGGAGAGCCGUGAUGGCAUAGAGUGCCCCAACCAACCGGACAUGUAUGGGCACUACAGGGAGGCGCCUCUCACACAGAUCAAACACCACUGGUGGUGGAAGCUACGAAGAGUGUUCGAGGAGCUACGGGCCACGCGAGAGGCGGCAGGGUGGGUGGUGUUUCUGGAGGAGGACCACUAUCUGGCCCCAGAUCUCCUCCACGUCCUCCACCGACUCCUCGAGGACAAGGAGCACCUCUGUCACUACUGUCAGGUGAUCGCUCUCGGCAACUACAAGAGAGUGAAUGGUGACCCCCAUGGGAAUACUGCUGUGAUCAGCGACUGGCACGUGACACAACACAACUUAGGCUACUCGUUCAACAAAGACACUUGGAGGGUGAUAAGAGCGUGCGACGAGCUCUUCUGCACCUUCGACGACUACAACUGGGAUUGGACGCUCCUCCGGCUGGUGCAGAGCUGCUGCAAGCCCCGGCUGGCCAUGUUGGCUCUGACCUUCUCCAGGGUCCUCCACGCCGGGAGCUGUGGCACCCAUGUGAAAAAGAACGGCUGCAAUGUUAAAGACGAGAUCAAAUCACAAGCAUAUUACUACGAAAUAAAUUUCCAGUGGCUCUUUCCAGCAGUGUUAAAGUUGCUUGGCCUCCAGUUAAAAACUACCGGUUUGAUAAAGCCGAACGGUGGAUGGGGUGACAAACGUGAUCACCAGUUGUGUCAGGCUAUCGGCCAGGGCACUGCCACCAACCACACGCUCCUCCAGCUACAGCAAGCUGUCGGCCAGGGCACUGCCACCAACCACACGCUCCUCCAACUACAGCAGGUUGUCGGCCAGGGCACUGCCACCAACCACACGCUCCUCCAGCUACAGCAAGCUGUCGGCCAGGGCACUGCCACCAACCACACGCUCCUCCAACUACAGCAGGUUGUCGGCCAGGGCACUGCCAUCAACCACACGCUCCUCCAGCUACAGUAAGCUGUCGGCCAGGGCACUGCCAUCAACCACACGCUCCUCCAACUACAGCAAGCUGUCGGCCAGGGCACUGCCACCAACCACACGCUCCUCAAACUACAGCAAGCUGUCGGCCAGGGCACUGCCACCAACCACACGCUCCUCAAACUACAGCAAGCUGUCGGCCAGGGCACUGCCACCAACCACACGCUCCUCCAACUACAGCAAGCUGUCGGCCAGGGCACUGCCAUCAACCACACGCUCCUCCAACUACAGCAAGCUGUCGGCCAGGGCACUGCCACCAACAACAACAUGCUCCUGAAGUUACAGCAUCCAGUCACUUUGGCCAAUUCAAGCUCUUGAUGAUCAUGAGGAAGUCAUCCCCAUGAAUACUAUUGAGAGAUACAAAGAUACCACUAUGAUGUUUCUCAUUGGAAUAGUAAUCAUUUAUACAUAAAGUUCCCCUUCAGACUCUCCUUACUUUAACGUUAUUGUUAUAUUUAUUGUAUUGUUAUUAUUAUUGUUGCAACCUGGUUGACAGACUUCCAAUUACCCGGUCUGGAUGGGAGACCGGGCAGCUGGGCCAUUGAUCCUGGGAACUACCUUAAGGUAACCAGGAUCAAUGGUUCAAGGCUGUACGAGUCUGAGUGUUGCUCAAGCUAGAGGGUUACUUUACGGAUCUUAACUUAGUUGAGAUGGAGCAAAGAUUGGUGCGUAAGUUGAUGGAUCUAUGUUCUGUCAUGAGAACAAAUUUAGAGCAGCUGACGAAAGAAGUAUUAUAGCUGAUGCGGAAUUGUGUGUAUGGCAACAGGAUGAAGAUGGACGCGCAACUGUACGCGGCGGAUGGCGUCGCUGUGAAAAUAAAUUGGUUUGUCUCCAAGGACAAGAGCCCUAGGUGGACAAUGAAAAGGCCUUUAGUACCCAUUGUGAAAAUCUCCAACACAUUUUCUGUACUGGAGAAUGAGUGCUCGAGGGAGGCAACUGCUCGCCCGACAGUGGACACAGAUAUUUUGGAGCAAGGAUGCAGGAGGAAGGGCAACAAAGUGACUCAAGAGAAGUUGGAAAAUCUUACUUUUGGAGAUUCUCAAAUAAGAUGCGUAGACAGGACUCUUGUUCAAGAGAUGCUCAAAAUAGGUUAGGAUUCGUUUUUCCUGGUGCUGGUAUAGUCGACAUAGCAGACAGUGUGGAGAACAUUUUGGUCGGCGAUGGUAACAAGCUUACUGUCUGCCUGUUGGUUGGAGGGAACAGCGUUGGCAAAGGUAAAAGUGUGGAACUUAUAAAUAGAUUGAAGUUCAUUUUUGAACUUUGAAGGAAGUUUUUCCUAAUCAUAUCAUCUAGAUAUGAUUAGGAAAAACAAAGAAGUGGUUCCUAUUGUAUGUGGAGUGCUACCGAGGUACGUUGUUGGUGGUGAGGGGUUUUCAUGGGUAAUCGAGAUAAAAUGCCGACUUUAAAGGCAUUGUUUUUGUUGUGAAUUACCAUUCAUCAACAACUGGGACGCGUCUAAACCACUAAGGCUGGACGGCAGAGCGACGAUCUCGCUUCAUGCAGGUCGGCGUUCAAUCCCCGACCGUCCAAGUCGUUGGGCAUCAUUCCUUACUCCCGUCUCAUCCCAAAUCCUUAUCCUGAUCCCUUCCAAGUAUAUAGUCGUGGUGGCUUGACGCUUACAAAGAAAAAAAACUGGGACGCGUUCAUUGGCCAGAACUCUUAAGUGCUCAAAGGAUGGGAUUCACCAACCUGGAGAUGGGGUUGCGACCUUAGCUGACUCUGAAAGAAGUAGUUAGUAACAUUCAAUUCAUGAAUUAUCUUAAAUUAUGGCCGAAACGCUAUGGGUAAUAAUUGUUUUAUAAAACCUGCAAUUACUGUACCUACCGAGCAACUAUUGUAAGCUGAUCCUCAUAUUUUUAUAAAUAAAAUGAUUUUGGUUA